GUCCUCUUCUCCACUCUCAUAAACAUCGACAUCCGGUGCCCUCAGGUCCAUCUCAUCGACACCACCCUCAUCCCCUUCUGAAGUCGCAUCCGAGAGUUCCUCAUCUCGAACGCUUCGUUUUGACUUGAUAUUGGCCUGCCCUGAGCCAAACUUCUUACCCUUCGCAGUGAACGUAUUGGACCUCUUGCGUUUCCUGGGUUUGUUGGUGCUAAAGAACGGGUCUGGCAUAGCGGAGACAACCUCCCUUCAGAGAGCUUUUGACAGUAAGAUACAGCAAGUUGAGACCAAGUUCACACAACCUAAAGCAGAAAUUUUGGAAUUGGUGGCGCACGUGGAAAGACGCGUGAACCUUAACCAUCACGAGAUCGAUAAAUUGGACACGCGAACAGCUGCUAACACAAGCGGUGCGCCUCGAGCUCAGGUAUCCGGAUGCCUUUCGCUCGCACUGCCCUUUCGCACCGUCGUUUCUUCUCCAAGACCGCCAGCCUGUCGCGUUUGGACUUUUCUCUGGCUCACGGAACUCGUUUAGCUCACACAAUGCGCCCUCUCACCCCUUCGGAUCUUAACCCCGCCGUCAUCGAUGUGCAGUACGCUGUCCGAGGAGAGCUUGCCAUCAAGGCGGAGGCCCUCAGAGUGCAGCUGGAGAACAAGUUUCAUGGCCUGCCUUUCGAGAGGAUCAUCAAUUCCAAUAUUGGUAACCCUCAGCAGAAAGGUUUGGACCAGCCGCCGAUUACUUUCGGCAGACAGGUUGCAGCUCUCAUGGAGUACCCUCCGUUGGCUGAAAUUGUCAAGGAUAUUUGGCCAGCUGAUGUUCUUGCGCGAGCCAAAGAACUGCGGGAUGAAAUUGGCUCAGUCGGUGCCUAUUCCCACAGCAAAGGCGUUCCACUCAUCCGGAAGAGCGUCGCCAAGUUCAUCGAGGAGCGUGACGGUUAUCCAGUGGAUCCUGAGGACAUCUUCCUCACGGGUGGAGCAUCAGCAGGAGUGUCCUUGCUGCUCAACAUGCUGAUCACGCCAACCAAAAGUGGUGUUUUGAUCCCGAUACCACAAUACCCUCUCUAUUCCGCAGCGCUCGCUCAAUUCUCUGGCAUCCCCCUACCCUAUCAUCUUUCCGAGGUAGACGGCUGGAGUACCUCUCUUCACGAGAUCAGAGCGGCAAUUGAGAAGGCCGAGAAAGAUGGCGCGCAUCCUCGCGCCCUUGUGAUCAUCAAUCCCGGAAACCCAACCGGUGCCCUCCUCGACUGGGCAACGAUGGAGUCCAUCGUCCAUCUCUGUGAAGAACACUCCAUCGUUAUCCUCGCCGACGAAGUCUACCAAAGCAACCUUCACAGCCCAGACACACACCCUUUCCACUCCUUCAAACAAGUCGUCCGUCGUCUCAACUCUCCAGUCCCGCUCUUCUCCUUCCAUUCGAUAAGCAAGGGUGUCACCGGCGAGUGCGGUCGUCGCGGUGGCUACUUUGAGUGCACCAACAUCAGCGACGAAGUUCGUGCACUCAUCUACAAGAUGGUCAGUGUCGGCUUAUGUCCACCAUUGUCCGGCCAAAUCGGUGUGGAUUGCAUGGUUCGCCCACCCCAACCCGGAGAUCCUUCUUACCCACUCUGGAAGACGGAGACCGACUGCACGCAUGCCGCUCUCGCCCAGCGUACUAAGUUGAUGGCCCAACGACUCAACGCACUUCCCGGCAUCUCAUGUGUUACUUCCCCUGGCGCUCUUUACUUGUUCCCAAAGGUUGAGCUUCCCGAUGCGGCGUUGAAAGAAGCGGAGAGAUUGGGCAAGACGCCCGAUACUCUGUACUCUUUGGAGUUGUUGGAUGAGACUGGUAUUUGCGUUGUCCCCGGCUCUGGAUUUGGACAGAAGGAUGGGGAACAUCACUACCGUCUCACGUGCCUUUGCCCUGGUGUUGAGGAGUAUGUCGAUGCAUUGGAGAACUUCCACUUGCUGUUCAUGAAGAAAUACGGGGCGAUAAAUUGAUUGCCCGCCACACAGUAACAGUAAUAAUGUAGCAGGUUGAUUGGUCAUUUUUCACUGGCUUCACUCGUUCAGAACGCUUGCAUUCUUCUUGGGCACGAUGGUUCAGCACGGCUAAUUGAAGUACACAACCUCCACUCAUAUAAUAUUAUCUGCGCUCCAGUAUGCCUGCAUGCCAUCUUCGAACAUCCCAGGGGACAAAGACGCAAGCAAUCGGAAAGCAACUAGACACAGAUACUAUCAACAGCACGUCGAGACAAGCAUAUAGUAGGACUAAGACAAUACGCGAAACAAAAAAUGUUUAAGUACGAGGUGGUAUCAAUCAGCGCUGCUAAUACAUAUCGAAUCCCGUCCCAUUC